UUAACAAGUUCUCACGACUGUAGCCGAUUCUUUGAUCUGCAAAAUGAAUACGGAAAAUGGUGAUUCAAGUGUUCAGGGUUUGCUGAAAAGCCUUUGCCAGAAUAAUGGAUGGUCUUAUGCUGUUCUUUGGUGUUUUGAUCAUCGGAAUUCUUCAAUGCUGACGAUGAGAGAUGCAUAUAAUGAAGAACAAAUGAGUAUCCUCAUCGAUAACAUGCUACUGCAAGUUCAUAUUCUUGGAACUGGAAUCGUGGGUCAAACUGUUUCAUCAAUGAAAAACAGAUGGAUGUUCUCAGAUGAUGAUGAUUGUAUUGAACAAAAUUCAAUUUUUAUCAACAAUCAGGAUGUUCUUCAGAUCCAGAAUGAUAGAGAUGAUAUUCAUUGCCAAUUUUCCUGUGGAAUAAAGACAAUUGCUUUGAUCCCUUUGGAAAUGCAAGGAGUGGUGCAAUUCGGGUCUACCCAGAAGAUUUACGAGACACAAGAGUUUGUUUCCCAGACAAAGCAAAUUCUUAUGGCUAAUGAAACAACAAACAUUGCUGCUGGUGCUGGAUUUAAUGUUUUGGAAAAGACACUAUCUAAUAAUUCAUCUUCAAACAGUGAUAUCUUUGAUGAAGUAUUUACUUCAUUAAUCUCAUCUACAAAAGAAGAUUUCUCUGAUUUCUUUUCUUUCGGAUCAGAUCUUCAAUUACCCGGUUCAUUUCAUCCUGAAACCGACCCUUUUCUUCAUUCUGUAUCUUCCUCCAAUCUGUUUGAUCUUCUUCCUUCAUCUGCUGUUCCAUUCAUCAAUCAAGAACAUUCUGAACAAAUGACUUCAUUUUAUUCUGUUCCGAAUGAGGGAUUUUCAAACAAAUCAAUUGACUUGUUUGAUGGACUGAUGCCAUUGAACAAUGAGAAUUGCCUGGAUUUUGGUGAUAACUUGGGAUUCUUAUCAAAUGAAAGCAUGAACUCAAUAUUCAGGGAAACAGAACAGGACUUAGUUUCUUCUUCUGUCAUCUCUAAUUAUAUUCCCAACAGAACUGUAAAUUGCAUUUCGCCUCCCAAGAAGUCCAAAGAAGAACCCUUAAGAAAUAUUAAGAAAAGGGCCAAACCAGGAACUCGACCAAAGCCUAAGGACAGAGUCCAAAUUCGCGAACGGAUUGCAGAGUUAAGAAAACUAGUUCCAAAUAGUGCAAAGACGAGCAUUGAUUCUUUGUUGGCUCAAACCGUCAAACACGUGCUGUUCUUAGAAGGUAUAACAAAGCAUGCAGAAACCAUGAAACGAGCCAAUGAGCAAAAGGACAGGCAGUCGAUGACUGAGCCUAUUUGUGUAAAAGACCUUAAUUCCCCUGGACAGAUGAUGAUAGAGAUACAUUUCGAAGAAACUGAUUGCUUUGCUGACAUAGUAGAGAUCAUUAACGGUUUUGACUUGACGAUUUUGAAAGGAAAUAUGCAAACAAAAGGAAAUAAAUUACGGGCAUGCUUUGUUGUUGAGGCCGAGGCAAACAGACACAUUACGAAACAACAUAUAUAUGUGUCCCUUCUUCGGUUCCUCGAUCAGAAAGCUUCAAGUAAUAUGAAUGUAGCGGAUGAUCGGUUUUCUUACAAUUGGCAUCAAACGGUCGGAUCAUAUCAUUUCAACUUGGCCGAGGCUCUUUUCUGAUGAAACAAAUAGAAAGAUGAAGGAUUGCUAGCUAGAAGAAAGGAUCUGAUAGUUAUAAGUGUAAGUUGUAAAGGGAAAAGAUUAUUACUAAUGCUAAAAUUAUUUACAGAACAGUCAAUUUUGAAGAAAUUUACUAAGCACCAUUGUAUCAGCUUAUGAGAAAACUUCAAUAAAUCGAUAAUAUGAGUUUUUACGAGGAAA